AUGAACACUUUAACUGAUCGUCUCAACAUUGCUCUUAACACAUCUGGGCCUGGGUAUCGCCUCAGGCUUUGUCAGAACACCACCUACACCAUCCAAGCUCCCAUUCACUUUUUUGCCCCUAAUCAAGAGAUUUCAACUGUUGGGCUGCCUGUUGAAGGCGAGGACGGCGAAGAUCUGCGCGCGAUACUUCUCAUCAACGGCCCAGUAGCGAAUGGUGUCGGGCACACUACGGCAGUAGAUGGUCAAUGCCAAAAUUGCGAUGGCACUAUUCUCAGACAUGUCAGAAUAAAUGGCACCCGGCUUGGUGCACCCCCCAUCAAUGGCGGUGCAAACAUCGAAAUGGGAGGUUCAAAUUCUGACCAGCUGAUUGAAUACGUCAAGUCCUUCGAUCCCCGAGGGUGGUCGUGUCUGCACGUCAUGGAGGGUGCGCUGGACUGCAUGAACGCAACAGUACGGUAUAAUGACAUUGGCCCAUGUGGCAGUGAUGCCUUCCAGCAAUGGGCGGAUGGUAUCAGCUUGAGCUGCCGUAACAGUUAUGUGCAUGGGAACUGGAUCAACAAUCCUACAGACGGAGGGAUUGUUAUCUUUGGAAGUCCUGGAACGCUCGUCGAGAACAAUACGAUAUGGGUCGAGACCAACACUUUGCUUGGCGGAAUCAACAUGGUCGACUACGAACCGUUUCUGGGGACUUACACUGGCGUUAUUGUGCGAGACAAUACAAUACGCGGCGGGUUCGCCACUACUCCCGAGCUACCGGGAGCAACCAAGGGUGACAACAACGAGACUGUAAUCAUUAAAAUUGGGAUUGCUAUGGGCCCACGUACCUGGUUCGGCGACCGAUACGGGCUGAACGUCAGUUUCGGUGGUUCGGUAUAUAACAACCAGUUUACCGGAGGAUUCGGUUAUGCCAUGGCGAUGAGUGCUGUUACCAACUUCACAGUGGAGAAUAAUGUCCUUUUCGACAACACUUCCUUCAUUGGGUCUCGUGGACCCAAUUGCAGUUCAACAGACAACACCCCAACUCCAGAGCCCUUCGUUGCAGAUCAGAACAGUGUCGUGGAUUGUGAUCUUCAAUCAUCUAUUGUGCGAGUAUCUGAUGGGGAUUCCUUAACGUGCAUCAUGCCCACUGAUGGGGACUUUUGGCCCUUUGGUGGCCAGCCAUCGCCCAACGUCCCAGGUGAGGAGGGGCCAGGCAGUGGGGGGCCAGGCAGCGGGGGGCCAGGCAAGGAGGGAAAAUCGACAGCCCAGAACACUGCCGCAAAAAUUGGAUUGGGCCUGGGCAUACCAUUGGGAAUCGUUGUUGCGCUCAUUGGAUCCUGGUAUCUCAGAAAUUGGUACCUGUCGCGGCCACAUCAUGGUGUUCCACGCUCGGCGUAUCUAAAAAGGUACUCUUAGCAUGCCCUAGACAUUUUCUCGUCCCCUUUUUUUUUCUUUCUGCACCAGUGUUUUUCGUGUAUCAUUACUAUCUCAUGCUGUCACUUUAUCCGCCUGGUCCUCUCCUACUCGUUGUCUGUCCAUUAUUUCUCAUAGAGUUGUCUCCACUCGACAUAUUGCGAAAUCCAAUCCCUCUUUACCCUCCUAUUCCUAUUCUUAAUGGUCUGGACUCUAGCCUUCAUUCCUUAGCUUUUCUGGUGUUGGUGCAUUUUCAUUCGUUCCAGACUACUUCGUAGGUGCAAAUUGGAUCACGAUACUGAGUUGGACAUACCGUUAAUUGACAAUUUGCUUGUUGGAUUGGAUAAGAGCAAAAUCUAUGCAUUAUUGGGGACU